AUGGCGUCGUCCCCGUUGUUCCAGGCCUUACGCUUAGCCUACAACGAGGACGUUCCAGAUGGCUACUGGGGCGAGAAGACGUCAACUUUGAACUUUUGUGAAGAGGAUUAUGCAGUUUCGUACUACUGUGCUGAAGUUUGCAAUGUGAGCACCAAUCAAACCCGAAAAACUGUCCGGAACGUCGACGUUGCUAACUACGAACCUCUGCAAGACGUUUACGAACCUCCUGUUCCUCUGGCUCGGGUUUAA